GACUAUGAAUUUCUGUUCAAUGCUGGAGUUUCCAGUAUCUUUGGACCAGGAACUCGAAUCCCCAAUGCUGCUGUCCAAGUGAUCGAUGACAUUGAGCGGAAUUUAGAAAAAAGGCAACAGUCUAUGUGAUGUCAAAGCAAAUAUCAUAUAACAUGGAUACUUGUCAUAACCUCAGAAGGCACUUACAGGAAACCACACAGGGUCUUAUCAAGGAAUUUUUUAGAAGAGUGAGAUUCAGGCCAUUGUUCUUUUGGUACGCAGGUUUUCUUACACAAUUUAUACAUUUGAUUGGAUGGAGGAAAAUUAAAUGUAGUGUAUUUGUAUGAAGAUAUAAGUAAAAAUAAAAUAAAACUAAUUACUAAAUAUUGCUUUUGUCAAUUAACGGUCACGUUUUAAAAAUUAUGCUUUCGCUUAAUUUUCUUUGUGGACUAAUGCAAUAAUGAUGCAAUUCUUUUUUUUUUUUUUUGACAUUCUUUAUUUGUGUGUAUUUUUUACAGUAAAGAAACAAGGUUAUGAAACAAGGUUACAGGAAUAGUAAUCAGGCAUAAGUAUAGCAUCAAUCAGGCGUUUUAAAGGUAUAUCAGUUCCGGUGUGGUCUACCUCAGGUUUAGGUUACAGUUUAACAUUGCUUAACAUCUGUGUAUUUUGGGCUAAAGUUGUAGCGUGUAGACCUUAAUCGUUCUAUGCCAUCUCAUGUCUUUUGUAUAUCUGUAUAUGGUUUUGCAUACAUUGUUUCAAGAUCUAUUAUGUUCAUCCUUCCAACACUGAUUUGUGGGUGAGGGCAAACUGGGUAUGGGGAUUAAACUGGAUCGAGAUGUCUGUUGGUCGUACGUAUAGGGCCUAGGUCUAAGUAAGGCUUAUUUGUAUGGGUUCUUGGCUUUAAGACUAGGUGGGUGGGUUCGGGUUGCUCUGUACUAGGGUGAAUAGUUGUUGCCUAUAGUGUGCGUCCCCGUCGUUGGGUGAUUGGGUAUACGUGUCGGUCUAGCCUCCCUAGAUGUGACUGGAUAUGUGGGUCAUGUUGAUGUGCAGUCUGUAGGCCGUCGACCUCGUUUGUCUGAGAGGGGCCCUCCUGAGGCAGGGUCAUCUUUGUCUCCAUCUGUGAGGUGGGUUAUAGUCGUGGGGCGUCUGGGCCAUCUAGAGAGUGUAUUCUACUGCUACCUGGUUGAUCUGUCUCUUCCCUGCGGCUAUAGUCGAGUCGGUCAAGGGUACUGCACCUGCAUAAUGUUACCCAUUUGUGGUGAAUUCCAGUCUGAGGCUGUCCUGUCCCGGGGAGCAUGGGGGGGGGAAUGAGAGGGGAGGUGGAGCGGGGUCGAAGGGGUUGGAGGAGGGGGGAAAGGGUCUAGGUUGGUGUAUAGGUUUAGUCCACCGGUCUGUCCUCCGAGAUGCACAAGAGCCAGGGGGUCCAAGUCCGGUCACAUUGUUCGGUGCGACUCUGAAGGGCAGCCAUCAAGGUUUCCAUGGCCCGUAUUUCUCCCACCCUAUCUACCCACUGUUGGAAAGUGGGGGCGGCUGUCCUCCUCCAUAGCGUGGAUUUCAGGGAUUUCGCUGCCGUCAGUAGAUGUUUUGUCAGGGACUUCUUGUAUAUUUUCAGAGACAUAUUUGUGUGAUGUAGUAGCAUGGGUAUGGGUUGGAACGGGAGUUCCGGAUCCAAGAUUUCCCUGAUUUUCACGUGUACCAUCUCCCAGAAAGGGGCGAUGAUGGAACAGGACCACCAUAUGUUGGAUCAUGGUUCCUCUUUCCUGUCUACAGCACCAGCACGUCUCCUCCUUGUCUGGGUCCAUUUGAUGUAAGACGUCAGGGGUCCUGUACCAGGUCGUCAGCACCUUAGUUCAUCUCCUAAAACUUCGAACUGAUUGAGCUCUUGUGUGUGAGCAAGUAUAUUUUGUCCCACUCUUGUGUGGUCAGGGUCUCUCCCGUUUCUCGCUCCCAUCUGGCGAUGAAUUUCGGUGUUGGUCUGUUUUCUCCCUCCAGUAGCAUCGCGUAUAGUGUCAAUAUCCCUCUCGCCAUGUGUUGCCUAGCCACGCGAAUUUUCUCGAAGCCUGUAAGGUCCCGGUGGUAUUGGUGUUUAGCUGCCGUGGUAGAAUAGUAGGACUUGACUUGGAAGUAGUGGAACCGGUCUAUGCCUGUUGAGCUGGCGUCGGGGAGCAAGUCUGCCAGGGUUUUUAUGGUGCCGUUGGCACACCAUUGGCGCAUGUAUAUCCAGUCCGAUCGGGCAAAGUUUUGCAUGUCUUCUGGCUUCAGUCCGUCUCCUAUAUCUGGGUUAUAGACUAUGGGCGUGAGUGGGCUGGUGUGAGUGGUUAGUUGCUUUUGUAGCGUAGUGAGCACCAUGUCUUCAAGGUGGCAUCUAUUAUGGGGUUACCUGUGGAGAGCGAGUUGGGUGGCGCCCCCGACCUCCAUAGCAUCGCGGGUAUCUGCCCACCGGCCUGUGUGAUUUCGGCCUGCACCCAGAGUUUCUCUGUCGGUUGGACAUGCCAAUCUGUCACCCUCAGGAGGUGAGUUGCUCGGUAGUAGCUUAGGAAUGAGGGUAGCCCCAUUCCACCUCGCUGCUUGGGUUGUUCCAGUUGUUGUUUGCUAACCCGUGGGGCUCCCUUCCUCCACACGAAUUUCCAUAUGGUUGAGGUGAUGGAUUGGAAGAAUGCCUUCGGUAGAUUGAUCGGUAUCAUCUGGAAGAAAUAUAGGAGGCGCGGAAGGACGUUCAUCUUUAUUGCAUUGAUGCGCCCGAACCAUGAAAUGUUUAGGUCCGACCAUUUUUGCAUGUCCUUCUGCAGGGAGGUGAGGAUGGGAAGGAAGUUUGCCUGGUAGAGUUGCGCCAGCUCCCUGGUCAGCCAGAUGCCAAGAUACUUGAAUUUGGCGUUACACCUCUUGAACUGGAAGUGGAAUCGUAGGUGCGUGUCUCGUGGGAAUCGAGAUAUUGAGGAUUUCCGACUUUUCCGCGUUAAGCUUUAGGUUUGACACCCUUCCAUACUUUCGGAAGAGAUCGAGGAGGUUCGGGAUGGUAAUCAGUGGCUUUUCAAUGAAGAAUAGCAUGUCGUCGGCAUAUGUCAUGACUCGAUGUUCAGUGUUCCCCAGGGUGUGUCCAGAUAUCCCCCCAUCUGUCCUGACCGCCUCCAGGAACGGCUCCAGCGAAAGGGCGAACAGUAGGAGUGAGAGGGGACACCCCUGCCUAGUACCGUUCAGUAUUGGAAAGGAGUCGGAUAGGGCGCCGUUGAGUCGAAUUUGCACCGAUGGUGACGUGUACAGGGCGGCGAUCCAGGUUCGUACGUUAGGUCCAAAACCCAUGUGUUGUAGCGUGGCCAUGAGGUAUGACUAGUCCACCCAGUCAAAGGCCUCCUCCGCGUCUGUGGAUAGGAGGGCCAGUCCUCCUCCCUGCCUCUGGGCCGAGUGGAUGACGUUGAGGGUCCUGAUGGUAUUGUCCCGUGCCUCUCUGCCCGGCACGAAACCCACUUGAUCCUGGGUGGACCAGGUCGGGCAGCACUCUCGAGACGCGGAGGGCCAUGGCUUUUGCAAACAGUUUAAGAUCUGCGUUGAGGAGGGAGAUUGGGCGGUAGCUUGCGCAGCAGGCCGGAUCUUUCCCUUCUUUCGGUAGGACUGUUACUAUGGCUCUGAGCGAGUCUACCGGCAACUGUUGUCCAUCCAGUAUCGAGUUCAGUCCUUUUAGUAGGUGUGGGAGCAGAAUGUCUUUAAAGGUGCGCAGAUAACUUGCCGGGUAGCCGUCCGGUCCCGGCGCCUUGUGUGGUUUGGUUAGCUUAAGUGCCGCAGACAGUUCUUCCAUGGUCAGGGGUUGUUCAAGUCUCCCGCUUUCUCCAGGGUAAGCUUUCGGGCGAUGUUCCUGUUGAGGAAGUCUACAAGUUUGCGUCUGUGUUGCGUCGGGGUGAGUGUGCUAGGCGUGUCGGACAGAUUAUAGAGGCCGGUGUAGUAGUCCCUGAACGCCUGCAUGAUCUCAGCUGGGAGUCGAGUUUCUUUCCGGGAUUUGGUGUUAAUUUUAUGGAUGUGGUUAAUUCUCCAUCGUUGUUGUAGGGUCCGGGCUAGUAGCCUUCCACAUUUGUUCGAGUGUUCAUAAAAGUAUCGAUUGGAUCUGCGGACCAAGUUAAGCAGCUUCUGAGAGAACAGGUCCCUAAGUUUCCUCCAUGUGUCGGUCAGUUGAAGGAAUACGUCGUCUGACAGCUCCCGUUUGUGCGUGUUUUCUAAGUCAGAUAUUCGUUUGGUUAGGUCCAGUACGAGUUUGGCGUUCUCGCGUUUGCGCUGCGUGCAAUGGCUAAUAAAGUGUCCUCUGAUGACGCAUUUGUGCGCCUCCCAGGUUAUCAGCGAGGACACAUUGGGUGUGGUGUUGGCUUCGAAGUACUGAGUGAGGACCUGUGUGGUCAGUGUGACGCAUUCGACGUCGGUUAGAGUCGACUCAUUAAGCUUCCAUUGGCGCUCAUUUGGUUUAAAAAGGGGAGAUUUGAUGUGGAUGGUUACAGAGGCAUGGUCGGAGUCCCCGUGGAUCCCUAUAUCUGCGGAUAUGAGCAAGGGCAGGUAUUCUUGUGCUACGAAAAUAUAGUUGAUCCUGCUGUAUUGAUUGUGUGCGGCUGAGUAGCAGGUAUAGUCCCUGCCGUCUGGGUGUGCCGCCUGCCUGCUGUUGACCAAUCCCAGUCUGUUCAGCGAUUGUUUGGCCUUGCAUAUGCAGUGGUCGGGAAUGGUGCUGGAGCCUCGCGAGGAGUCAAUUCGUGGAUCCAGGGGCAAGUUAAUAAUGCAAUUCUUGAUACCUGGUCAUAUAUCUUAGACUUAUUGAUACUUUUCCUGUAUAACUAUUAUUGCAGUUAAUGUAAAAUGAUUGAACAUGUCUGAUUUUUAAAGAUAUGGUAUACUAUUUGUAACUACAAAACCAUUAUUUAUUUAUUUUUUAUUAGGGUUCU